GAUGAUCUGCACAAAUCUCAUAACUCUGAAUCGGUCACAGAUGGACUCUCUGCAACUUCAUUUAUGGAAUAUCCAAAGUACAAGCCAUUUAUUAAUUCAGAUUUGCAGCGCUCCCCAUGGAAACCAGUAAUUCCAUAUCCUGAAAGCAACAGCAAAGCAAUAUUUUCUGCUCUGAAGAAUCUCCAGGAAAAAAUUCAUCGGCUGGAGCUGGAACGGUUUCAGGCGGAGGAGAAUGUAAAACACCUCAGCAGGGAAACAGCAGACUACAAAAAAGUACUGAGUGAACAAAUGCAGCACAAAGAGCAUGACAAGACUGAAGUGUCAAAGAAAAAUCAAGAGCUGACUUCUCAGCUGGCAGCUGCUGAGGCUCGGUGCAGCCUCCUGGAGAAACAGCUGGACUACAUGAGAAGAAUGAUCCAGCAUGCCGAAAAGGAGAAGUCACUUCUCUUGGAAAAACAGGGUUCAUUGGAAAGAGAUCGUCUUCUUGAUCAAUCACAUGUUCAGUCUAAAUUGGAAAAGCUGGAUAUGCUGGAAAAAGAGUACAGCAGACUUACUACGAUGCAGUCCAUAGCAGAGAAAAAAAUGAAAGAGCUGGAACAGAAGCUUCAGGAGGAAGAACAUGCAAGGAAGCUUGUUCAGGAAAAAGCAGCUGAGCUUCAGACAGGUCUGGAAACCAAUAGACUACUGAUUAAAGCAGCAUCACCAUUGCUUUCUCCAAGAGCAAGACAGCCCAGGAAGAAAGCUAAGCAGCCAGAGAUGAAAUGCUCUCGUAGAAGCCAUCUCACUGUGCAGCCCCAUUACAGGCUGUGUCUGGGUGAUGUACCCUUUGUGGCUGGGAAGUCUACCAGCCCCAGUCAUUCAGUUGGUGCCAACGUGCAACAUGUCCUACACCUGAUGAAACAACACACGAAAGCUUUGUGUAACAGUCAUGUGGUAAAUGAUACUCCACUGGCAAAGCCCAUCAGUACUGGCCAUCCUGGCGGCAAAAGCAGAAAGCCAUCUCUGCCAAAGGACUCAUCUUCAUCUCAGGAAGAGCUCUCAGAAGUUUUGCUGACUUUACAAGAUGAAUUUGGACAGAUGAGUUUUGAUCACCAGCAGCUGUCAAAGCUUGUCGAGGAAGCCCCAACCGCUGCAGUGAGGGAAGAUCUGGAGAGGGAACUUGAGGCACUGGUGGGAAAGAUGGAAGCAAAGGCAGACCAGAUCAGCAAAGUUCGGCGGCAUCGGUUGCAGCUAGAGAGACUUAAGAGAGAAUCUAAGUCCAAAAAGACUUCUGCUAAACAAACAAAAGACAGCAGGUUUCCUGUUAGUGAGGUUAAAGUAACAACUACAGUAACUACAAAAGGAAAGAAUGCUGGUCCCAUCAAAGUGAAACCCGGAGAGAAGAGUCGGAAAAACCUUCAGUUGUUGAGAGACAUGCAGACCAUACAGACUUCACUACAGAAAGAUGACAUCAGCUGGGACUACUGA